GUGUGUUCGUAACAAAUCUUUCAAUGGCGAUUAUUGAUGACGUUUAGAAAUCAAACUAUCUCGCUUUACAUGUGAUAACGCACUCGAGUUCCAUUUGCGGUUCAUUUACUGUACAACACUAGGUUUGAACCGUUAUGAGGAGGCGAUUGUUAAAUACUUGGAGAAGGUUUUAGAUAUGUUAUUAACAUAACACUUUGUGGAUGAACAUCCAUGCUCGGCAUAAUUGCUGAAGAGGUGACAAGGAAAAAAUCAAUUUUAUCAGCAGGUGUUCAUCUUAUAUGCAUAAAAAAUAUCAUAAUGAAGAAAAUUGAACUAAAAGUUGAUAGAUAUAUCAUUAGUGCAAAGAGUCAUGGUUAUGUUAGUAAACAUUAUUGAUGUCCCUUUGCAUUAUUAUUAACCAAGAAAAUAGUAAAUAGGCGCAAAACAUGGAUUAUGAUUACAUGUCUUUUCAUAGAGAAAAAGAUGUUCAUAAUAAAUGUUAUGGUGGAAGAUUAUGGUGCAUUAAAGAUAUAUGUGGUAUUAUCUGUGCAGUUUUAACAUGGUUGUUAAUAAUUUAUGCAGAAUUUGUAGUAAUGGCAGUGAUUCUUAUACCUACAAUAAACACUUUAUAUUCUAGUUUACACACAGUGAUAUUUCAAUUAUUAACUUUCCUAGCUUUCGCAUCUCAUCUAAGAACAAUGCUCACAGAUCCAGGUGCUGUUCCCAAAGGGAAUGCUACUAAAGAAAUGAUAGAACAAAUGGGAUUUAGGGGUGGUCAGGUUAUUUUUAAGUGUCCAAAGUGUUGUUCUAUUAAACCAGAUAGAGCACAUCAUUGUUCUGUUUGCCAAAGAUGUAUUAGAAAAAUGGAUCAUCAUUGUCCAUGGGUUAACAAUUGUGUCGGAGAAAAUAAUCAAAAAUAUUUUGUAUUAUUUACGUUCUACAUUGCUGGAAUGUCAUUGCAAUCUUUAUUUUUAUGUAUACAACAAUUUACAACUUGUGUGAGACAAGAGUGGAAAGAGUGUUCUACAUUUAGUCCACCUGCAACUGUGGUAUUGUUACUUUUUUUGGCUUUUGAAGCUCUUUUAUUUGCUAUUUUUACCGCUGUAAUGUUGGGGACACAAUUACAGGCAAUUUGGAACGAUGAAACUGGCAUUGAACAACUUAAAAAGGAAGAAGCGAGAUGGGUUCGCAAUAGCAGAUGGAAAUCUAUUCAAGCUGUAUUUGGGAGAUUUUCUAUCGCUUGGUUCUCGCCUUUUACGUCGCCUCCAAAGGGAAAAACAAAGUUAGAUUCUUAUUUGUAUUCAGUGUAAUAUGUAAUGGUACGUGGUUGUAUCCCAGGGAUAUUUAAUACUUGUAAAUAUAAUGUAAUUGUGACGUAUCAUGAAUUCAUGUACAAGUGAACAGAAUAUUUGUAAUUUUAUACUGUUACCUAACAUUCUUAUUUUGUCGUGACCACUCUAAGAAGUAGCUAAAAAAUGAUCAAUAUUUAAUGUAUAUUUUAUUUAUCAAAAUAUAAAGGUUUGUGAAUUCGCAAACAUACAUCAACUACGUAUGUUUCCCGGGAAGCUUGUAUAUUAGUGUACCGAUAUCAUUGUAUUGUGAUAAUGCCAGAUGUUUUCAAAUAUUUUACUCAUGAUACACCGCAACGUAUUUAUUGUACCAAUGUAACAUGCAUUUUAAGAUAUAAUAUGUGCGAUAAUGAACAUACUGAACAAGACAUUAAUUUCACAUCAUGAGUUUUGAUAAAUUUGGCAACCGAUCGAUGUUUUGCACCGUUUAGAUAAAGUACAUUGCACAUUGUGAUAGUAGUGUAUUCCAUUAACAAAGGAAACUAGUUUAUUCGCAUUGCGUUACAAAGAUUAAUAUAAUUUCUAUUUUUUAACGACAGCUUAAAACAGACAAUAAUGUUGAACGUCCGAUUAUUUGCGAUACUAACAAGCUUUUUAUAACGUCUUAUUUUCCGAACAAACAUAUAUUUUCAUUCUAUUUACUUCUUCGUCGAUUUUGUAUUUACACGUGGAUACCUGAUUUUUUGUAUAAAUAAAUUGUACAGUUUCUUACUUUUA